GGAGUGGGGAGGGUCUCGAGAGCCCCGCGGAAAGUUCAAAGGUCAAAGGGCGUUGAGGGGCGUUAGGUCCCCGUCCUCGGGGGAGGCUGGGACAGGAUAUGAAGUGGGAAGAAUCAAGUUGCAACCAAGUGCUAUGUCAAAAAAGGAUGCUAUUUCAACAAUGGUCUGUUUUCCACUGACCCUAUGGCUGAAGACACCCUUGAUUUUCAUCUGAAUACAUUCUAGUUCAUCCAAUGUUACAUCAUCAGGCUAACAGAUAUGGGGAUCUCCUCUAGGAUUUGGAGAAUAGUAUCAAUGGGCACUAAAAUUCUGGACUAGAGGCGAGAAAGGUAGAUGGACUAUAAGGCAAUUGCCCAACAAACUACUGAACAAGUUUUAGCUUACAAUCAAGACCUAUCUGGCUGGAAACUCGUUAAGUCUUCAAAAAAGAUAACUGUUUCCAGCAAGGCCUCCAAAAUAUUCCACGGACACCUAUACCGUGUUGAAGGAAUAAUUCCAGAAUCAGCAGCUCAUCUCUCUGAUUUCCUCUUCAAACAUGAACACAGAACUUCAUGGGAUAAAUCAUUGAAAGGGUUCAGUUUGCUACACAAGAUUGAUUCGGACACACAUAUAUGCCACACCAUUACACAAAGUUUUGCCAUGGGCUCAAUUUCCCCUAGAGACUUUAUCGACUUAAUACACAUCAAGCACCAUGAAGGGAAUGUGGACAUUAUCAGUACUAAAAGUGUGGAGUUCCCAGGGUAUCCUCCAACUUCACAUUAUAUCCGUGGCUAUAAUCACCCCUCCGGCUACGUAUGUUCCCCUCUGAAGGAAAACCCAGCACAUUCCAAGCUAGUGGUGUUUGUCCAGACAGAAAUGAAAGGAAAAUUGCCUGCAUCAGUAAUUGAAAAGUCUAUGCCUUCCAACUUAGUAAACUUCCUCCUCAAUGUGAAAGAAGGCAUAAAGACAUACAAAGCUCCGCCAGUACGUGCACGCCACAGUACGCACUCAUCUGUACACAAAAAGAAGGAAAGCCUUUCUGCCAUUAAACCCUAGAGAUUUCAGACAGCACAAACUGCUAGGAAGCAUGGUUUGUUAGUGCAGAUCGCUCCUGAGUCAGUGCGGAUAAAGCUGGCAUGCAUCUCUAGGCACCAACCCGGACAGAGUACUUAAAAUAUUUGUCAAAAUAAGAACUUCGCUGUACAAGAAAACUCAUUUAAAUACAGUUUUUAAGCUAACCUAACAUUAAAUGAUGUUCCAUUAAUACACUUUGACCAUCUGAGCAUGCUCUGCAUUUGGAUCAUAAAGAAGGAGAUACAGUCAGUAGGGUCAAUAGUUAGCAUUAAUUAGAGCUUAAGUAGAUAUUCAUCUGGCAGUGAUGACAAGCACCUGUAAGCCCUGCUGAAGCUGCUAAAAUAGGACCAGCACAAUGAGACUGGCCUGAGCGAAUCGGAGAGACCCUAUGUCAAUAAAUAAACAAACCAAACAAGUUAUAAUAUGCAUUUUAAGUUAUUUUUCUUUCACCUACUGCUUAAAUUGAGAAAUAUGGAAAAAGUGAACACAAAAAUUCAAAGAUUUCCACUAGGGUGCUCAGAGUACAGCUUAGUGGUAGGAUAAUUGGCUAACAUUUAAAGGGCCUGGAUUCCAUCUUUAGCACCAGAAAACAGUAAGAGUUCCACUCCAGCAAACAGCCAGGGAUGUUUAUCUGAAGCUCGGUUUCCCCUGGGUAUCAACAAGGAGGAGCAAGGUGGCAGGUCACAGGCUUGGUCACUCUGCUUCUGUCACUGCAAAUCACUGUCCACCGCCACCAGGAAGGGCUCAGCAAGUGAAGACAUGGAGCUGAACUGCCACAUAUAUCUGCCAUCAGGGUCUGUCAGUGCUCUGCUUUCAAAGGAGAUACCACCACCCAGCUCUUACACUAAUUACAGCCGACAGUGACGCUGCCUUCUUAAAGGGACCCUGAAGUGGGAUCCGGGGCCCUUCAGAGAGCAAAAGAUGUGGAAUCAUACCUCAUACUGACAGAGUUAAAGGCACUUCAGCAGAGGACAGACACCUACCUGCCCAACAAAUGAUAUGGAACACGUGGGUAGCAAGAGGCCUUCACCUAAUCAUGGGCCAUUCCUAAUAACCAUCUAUAAUGAUGAACUCACAAUGGAACUUGAAAACAGAGACUGACAUAACACCCUAGAAAAUACCCAUAACCUACAGCUGAGCAGGAUUCUUACAAAGGAAAAGUGAUCACCAAAACUAAGUGUGCAUUGAAUGAGAAAAGACACAGGUGGGGAGAAAUAUUUGCAAAACAUUUGUAAGAUAUUUGCAAAAUAUUUGCAAGAACUCUUACCUAAAAUAUACAAGGAGCUUUCAAAAUGUUUAAUAUAAAAUCAAUCCAGGUAAAAAGUGGGAAUCUGUAAUUAAAAACAAACAAACAAAAAAAAGUUAUGCCACAUUAGGUAAAUUCAAGUAUCAUUCAAGUUGAGGUGUCAGUACACUUAUCAGAAUGGCAGAAAAUUUGAAAACAGUGAUAGAAUUGAGCGUUGUCAUAAAUACGGAGAAACUGUGUCACAUUUCAGGUAGAAGGAAAAACAGCACAGCGGUCCGGGAGAGGCAUGGUGCAGUUGUAAGUAAACCUGCAGUGUUCUCUGGACAUCAGUCUGUCCCGUGGAGUGGGAAAUGUUCUCAUGAGAAUCUCUCUGCAACUGUGCACAGCACCAACCGACAACAACCCUCAAAUCCACAGAUUCUUUAAUGAGUAAAUGUGGUUUGCCAUAGGUGACAUAGUGCUAAACAAAACAACAACAACAACAAAAGAGGAAACAGUUUCUUUCUCUUUGGUUCAAAGAACUCCUUCAAGUAAGUUUUGUUAGUGCUGCAAUAGUGGUCACGAAUUCUUUCAAUCUGUUUUUAAUAAUAGAAAGAUUUUCUUCAUCCCUCUAUUCUGUCCGCGGUUUGGUGGGCGGAGGCAGCGGUGAGCUCCCCUUCCACGCCCUCCUAGUUUUCCAGGUCGGCUGAGACAUCCGGGAUCUUUCCAAGGGGCUCGCCUUCCUGUGUAACUCUGCCUCUUGUGUCUCUCUUGCAGCUUUCAAUGUACUUUUUUGUUUCAAAUAUUUAGAAGUUUUGGUUUCAUCUGUUUUAUGUUCUAAAUGCCUUCUCUGUCCAGAUCGGCUG